AUGCCUCAAUAUGCCAAGUUCAUGAAGGAGAUACUUUCUAAGAAAAGGAAGUUGAGUGAAGAGAAUGACAUCGUUGAGCUUACUGAGGAGUAUAGCGCUAUCCUGCAAAAGAAGCUUCCACCUAAACGAAAGGAUCCAGGUAGUUUCACUCUACCUGUUAAUUUUGGGGCUUCAGAGGAAGUGAGAGUUUUAUGUGAUUUAGGGGCAAGCGUCAACUUAAUGCCCCUAUCAAUGUUCGAGCGACUUAAUGUUGGAGAGCUGAAGCCAACAAUGAUGAUGCGUCAACUAGCAGACCGCUCCAUGGUGACUCCUUAG